AUGUCCGUCGACAUGACACAAGUGGACAUGGAGAUGCAGGCUGGCAGCUCAAGCAGCACCAUAUUUGAGUGCUCUGAGGACCGCACGCCAUCCACCAGCAUAUGGAGACUGCUUGCGCUGACACUACCUAACUUUGGCAUCCAAGUGCUAUGGCUGAUCAUCAUGUCGUAUGGUACGCCAUAUAUGACUGGCCUCGGCAUACCCAAUUCUAUCACAACGCUCGUAUGGGUCUCAGGGCCGCUCAGCGGUGCAAUAAUUCAACCCCUGUUCGCAGCCAUGUCAGACAGCACUCAGCAUCCAUGGGGAAAGCGCAAGCCGUAUAUUGCUGGCGGCGCCGGCUUCGUCGCCCUAUCACUGCUGGGCUUAGCCUAUGCUGAAGAUGUGUCCAACUGGCUUACGAGCACCUCGUCCUCGCAUAAGCAUAUGUACGCCUCGGGCCCACCAAAGGCUAGUGCGCUGACGAAACUGCUGGUGACCUUCUGGGUUUGUGCGCUGAACAUUGCUAUCCAGCCGCUACAAAACGGAGUGCGCGCCCUUGUCGUCGACAGCUGCCCUGCCCACCAGCAAAGCACUGCAGCAGCAUGGACUGCGCGUUUCAACGGCCUGGGCGCCGUGGCCAUCUCAGCAUCUGCCUUUGCCGACGUCGAGUCGUGGGCGCCGAUACUGGGUGAGACCAAGUUCAAGGCGCUGUGCAUGCUAGCAGUGCUAGCUCUAGGCGCCGCCAUCACGCCAGCAUGCAUUUUAAUACGCGACAAGCCCAGUAGGGACAUUGGCACGCACCGCGGAGCAGUGAGCCUGUUCGCACGGCUUUGGACACUGGUUGGGAACCUGCCACCAGUUACUAGACAGGUCUGCAAGGUGCAGUUCUGCGCCUUUACAGCUUGGUUCUCGGUGCUCUACUACUCGACCACCUACGUCUACCAGGUCUUCGUCAUCGACCAGCACGUCCACCUCGACCCUGAGAUUUUUGGCAGCGCAGACCCCCGCCUCGUCGACAUGGGAAAGCAAGCCGGAACUCGUGCCUCGUUUGUUUUUGCCAGUGUCACAUUCGCUUCGGCCCUGCUUCUACCGCUCGUCGCCCGCUACUCCGCACGCCAACCAGCUUCCGGUCAUUCCAUACCGACAGUUACAGUCUUCACCCUGUCGCUUGGCCAUGUUUGGUAUCUUGCACAUUGCUUGUUCGCCGCUCUGAUGUUUCUGACCUGCUUCGUCUACACCGUGCCUGCUGCCACUACCAUUGUCGGUAUGCUUGGCAUUGCCUGGUCCAUCGCGUCAUGGGCUCCAUACGCGCUCAUCAGCACCGAAAUUGCCACUCUCAAGGCCCAGAGCGAGGGAAGCCAUGAGCCAGCCAAGAAGGACAUGGGAGCCACAGGAACAUGUGCGGACGAGACCACAGCAGGUAUCAUGGCCAUUCAUAACAUGGCCAUCUCCUUACCCCAGAUUGGCGCCGCCCUGGGGUGCACUGUACUGUUCAAGCUCGUGGAGAUGUCGAAACGGGACGACCCGGCUGCAUUUGCUUUCAAGUUUGCUGGUAUCAUGGCAGUGGUGGCGGCAUGGAUGGGCAGAACUUUGAGAUAA